CAAAAAAGUCCCCCGUCAGUCUCUGCACUCAGAUGCAUCAUCGCACUGAUUGAUUCAUCUUCUUUGUUUCGACGACAUGUCGCAUUUCACCUCUCCGAUGAGGCUGUCCUCGUCUCUGAUCAAGAAGCUGAAGAACAGAGUCCGAGCGGGCAGCAAUCCCCUGCUGUCGCAGUACAGAUCCUUCACCGCCAUCGAGGGCCACCGCCCCGUCAUCGUCCACAAGCGCAGCCUCGACAUCCUCCACGACCCUUGGUUCAACAAGGGGACGUCGUUUUCCAUCACAGAGCGCGAUCGUCUUGAUCUCCGCGGACUUCUCCCUCCAAAUGUCAUGACGUCGGACCAGCAAAUCGAACGCUUCAUGGCUGAUCUGAAGAGACUUGAACAUAAAGCAAGAGAUGGACCAUCUGAUCCAAAUGCUCUGGCAAUGUGGCGGAUACUAAACAGGUUGCAUGACAGAAAUGAAACAAUGUAUUAUAAAGUUUUGAUUGCCAAGAUUGCGGAAUAUGCACCUAUAGUCUACACUCCUACUGUUGGACUUGUCUGCCAGAAUUACAGUGGUCUGUUUAGAAGACCCAGGGGAAUGUACUUCAGUGCGGAAGAUCGUGGAGAAAUGAUGUCUAUGGUUUAUAAUUGGCCAGCUGAUCAGGUUGAUAUGAUUGUUGUUACGGAUGGGAGUAGGAUUUUGGGUCUUGGAGACCUUGGAGUCCAAGGAAUUGGAAUCUCAAUCGGGAAGCUGGAUUUAUAUGUCGCUGCUGCUGGAAUAAACCCUCAAAGGGUACUACCUGUGAUGAUUGAUGUUGGAACCGACAAUGAAAAGCUGCUAAAAGACCCCUUAUAUUUGGGAUUGCAAAGACAUCGUCUUGAUGGUGAUGAGUAUCUUGCUGUCAUCGAUGAAUUCAUGGAAGCAGUUUUUACUCGUUGGCCGCAUGUAAUUGUGCAGUUUGAAGAUUUUCAAAGCAAGUGGGCCUUUCAGUUGUUACAGCGUUACAGAAAUACUUUUAGAAUGUUUAAUGAUGAUGUUCAGGGUACAGCAGGAGUUGCAAUUGCUGGGCUUUUAGGAGCUGUGAGGGCACAAGGGAGGCAAAUGAUUGAUUUCCCCAAACAAAAGAUUGUUGUUGCAGGUGCUGGAAGUGCAGGAUUAGGCGUUCUGAAUGCUGCACGGAAAACAAUGGCAAGGAUGUUAGGAAAUAAUGAACAUGCAUUUGAGAGUGCAGGCAGACAAUUUUGGGUGGUCGAUGCAAAUGGUCUGAUCACAGACGAACGUGAAAAUAUUGAUCCUGAUGCUCUUCCAUUUGCAAGGAAAGCCAAAGAAAUUCACCGUCAAGGAUUGAGGGAAGGUGCAAGUCUUGUGGAAGUGGUUCAACAAAUUAAGCCUGAUGUGCUUCUUGGACUUUCUGCAGUCGGAGGAUUGUUCUCGAAAGAGGUGUUAGAGGCCCUUAGAGGUUCGACUUCAACUAGACCUGCCAUCUUUGCGAUGUCAAAUCCAACAAAAAAUGCUGAGUGCACUGCUGAAGAUGCAUUCUCUGUUGUGGGGGAGAAUGUUGUUUUUGCAAGUGGAAGUCCAUUCAAUGAUGUAGAUCUUGGUAAUGGCCAUAUUGGGCAUUGUAACCAGGGUAACAACAUGUACCUUUUCCCAGGUAUUGGACUUGGCACUCUCUUAUCGGGCUCCAGAAUUAUCUCUGAUGGCAUGCUACAGGCAGCAGCAGAGUGUCUAGCUGCAUAUAUGACUGACGAGGAGGUUCUCAAAGGGAUUAUAUACCCUUCAAUAUCUAGCAUACGAGAUAUAACAAAGGAGGUGGCUAUUGCUGUAAUAAAAGAAGCCAUAGUUGAGGAUCUAGCAGAAGGGUACCGUGAAAUGGAUGCCCGAGAGCUCCGGAAACUUAACCAGGAAGAAAUGGAAGAAUAUGUGCUGAACAACAUGUGGUGUCCAGAAUACUCCACACUAGUUUACAAAAAUCAAUGAUCAGCCAUCCUCUGAGGAGAACAUAAUGAUAGUUGCUGUAUGUAUCCAUUCUUUUGGUCAAGUUAUACACAUUUUAUCAUGUUGCUCAGGUUGAGCAUGUAUCAUAUAACUUUCUAUUAUGUCAUUGUGGUUCUUUUGCCAUAAAAUUUAUAUAUAAAAUAAAUCAGCCAGAAACUUUUAGGUG